AAAAAAACACAGAUGCGAUGCUAACCUAUGUCGGUUGUACAGUGCGCUACUACAAUCGGCAACAACAAAACGAAAAUAGUCGGCAAAUAAGCGGACGAGUGUGUUUAUGCUCUCGAAAAAUAAAGCCCCCAUCCAAAUCCGAGUGAAAAGUGAGUGCCGAUCCCUGCCCCAGUGCAAUAUAGGGCGUUCGAAUUGUGCCGUCAAGUCGCAAACCCAAAGGCAAGCGAAAAAAGGAAAGGUGAAAAACGAGGACGCGCGGCGCUUGUGUAUGGUGAUGCUCCACUGAGCCGAGAAGUCCAGUCAUGGAGUCGAUUGUCCUGCACUCGGAUGUGGCGCGCCUGGUUCUGGGCUAUCUGGUCAACCAGAAUCUGAAGAGGGCGGCCCACACCCUGUGUCGCACAUCGCCCCAUUUGCACCACGAGUUCCUGGCCCUCAAGCAGGGCCUCCAGACACACAACUUUCUCAACGGCGGCCUGGAGGACAUCAUCUGCGAGCAUGUUAAGAUUACAGGAUUGGUGGCCGAAGCCGUGAAAAAGCUGCCCCUAGAUACGCGCCUGCAACUGCAGCAGCUUAAACUGUCCGAACGGGUCAGCGAACUGAUAGCCAGUGGCGAGAGGAGCAGCUGCACGAAUGGGAGCAGCACCCCAGGCGAGCCCAGCAUAUCGCAGUCGCAUCGCAAGAGGAGGCGCUUACGCACCCAGUCGCCCGUGAACAGCAUGUCCUCGCCCUCGUUCAGCAAGCGGCCUCGCCUGCUUCCGCCGCACUUCUACUGCAGUGUCAACCGCGAUAAGAUCAGGCAGAGCUUUUUGGCCAGCAAUGAGGGCCAGGAGGCGGAGCUGCAGGAGGAGGACGAGGAGAGCACAACGGCUACCGAGGACUUGGAGGAGGAAGAGCUGCCUCCGGUAAACGGUCCUGGGCCGCGUAACAAUUCCACGCCGCGCCAGGGUCAUGUCGAGGCUGAUCCCCUCGUGCUUACGCCGCAAAGCAUGCCGGAACUGGCUAGUGCGAUAAUUAAGAACCAGGACUUUCAGGCGACUCUUGUGAAAAACAUAAACGUAGCGUUGCAGACGGUGACCUUGAACAAUCCGUCAGUCAGCUGUGACGCCAUGCUGGACGGUCUGGUGAAAAACAUACUGGAAGCCACUGAGAAGGAUCCUUCAUUCGAUCGCAUCAUCCAGGAGGUGGUGACCGGUGAUGAGGCUACCGCAAAUGAGGAAGCGCCCGGUGUGUCGGCUGCCAGUGCUGCUGCUUGCGCUGCUGUCAAUUCCGCUGCCGGUGAGCAAGUGCCUCCGGCAGAACAGACGGUGGACCCUGUGCCACCGCAAACGCCACUCAUCAUUCGCACUGCUGUGGCCGCCACCGCUGGCACCAAUGCGGACCCCAACUUCUCCAUCUCCAAGCUGAUUGUACUGAACUCCAACGAGAGUGUCCAAAAAAUGGUGGCCGGCAUGGACACGUCCAAUGUGAGUUUCACUAGCGACGGCCUCAAUCUCAACUUUGCCGAUCCGGCGUCCAUGCUCUCCGAUGUGGAGGCGGCUGCUGCCGGCCAAGUGUGUGUGGACGCCACCACCGGGCAGCUGACGUUCCCCAUGUACCUCUCCAACGGCGGACUGCUGUCGCACCUUCCAUUUCUGGUGAACAAUGAAUGGGUGGCCCAGCAAUUGGGUCCGGAUGCCUUCGCCAACGUGGAUGACUCGCACAUAGAGAUCUCCCUGCCUGAGCCGAUAACUCUGUCAGCCAAUCAGCUACCCCCCAAUUCCAUUAUCAUCAACAGUGCUCAGAAACAACCACCGCCUCCUAGCUUAGAACCGCCCGUGCAGUUGAUAAAAGAGGCGGUAAAAGAGGAGAAUAAGACGGCCAAGGAGGCGGGAGCAAAAGACCAACCAGAGGAGCAACUCGAAGAGGAGCAGCGGAAGCCGCCACCAGCUUCUUUGGACUCCUCGCGCCAGGUCAUGGAAAGAGUGACUCCCUCCACGGCGGGGAUAAUCAAUGUAAAGGCCUUUCGUAGCUUAUCCACUCCCCGAAAGCGAACCUCGCAUGUACGAACUUUAACUUUCUCCCCUAAGGUUCCUUCUGGUGGCGUCCUGCACCCCAAUACGCCGCUCUCCACAAGGCGACCUGGUUUGCUGGCCAAAGCCAAGGAGAAGCCUAUUAUCAACCAUGUGGAGAUCAUCCAGGCAGCCACCGAUUUAAGCUCGUACGAGGGACUGGGCGGUGUGCCUCCGCUGUUCGCCAUGGAGGAGUGUAGCAACCAGACGGUGAUCAGGGCCAAUCCUCCAGCUGCACCAACAUCAGCUCCGGGACCGCCGAUGGCAGCCACGCCCAAAAGAAAACAGAAACGCCAGGCGGCGGUUAAGGCGUGCAAACGGAUAAUCUCCCAAGCGGAAACGGAGUCCAAGCCGGAAAAGGUUCAAGAGAAUGUUGUGGCCAGGAACAGCUCCGCCUGCAGCGCAUCGUCUUCCGCUCACGAUGACAGCGCCGAGGCCAGCAAAGAGAAUCUCCAGGAGCAGCAGAAAGUGGAGAGAAAGCAAGAGGGAGGCUCCUCCGCCAGAGAAACAGUUGUCGAUAACGACAUGGCCGCCUGGCAGCGCCAGUUGCAUGGCUCUAACUCUGACCUAGAGAAUAGGUUGCGCGAAAUCAACUCCAAACGCGAAGAGGUGAAGACCACCAGUCGGGCGAGGCGUCCGAAGAAAAAAGAUACUCCUACUUCAGCUUCCUCGAGAGCACGAAAAGCAUCCAUGGCCAGGACUAAGGCGGAGUCCAAGAACCAGGUGAAAAAAGUGGUGCGCAGCGUUGGUGAUCCCACAGAGAAGAUCAACAUCAAGAUCAUCACUCCGCAGAAACCCAAGGCUCUGAAAAAGAAGAAAGUUUUGGAGACCAAAGAUGAAGACAUAGACGAGACCAUAGAUGAAACCAUAGAGGAAACCCAAGUGGAGGUCGAGGAAAAGGAUAUAAAAAUGGAGCGGGCGAUGGCACUAUUACAGAUAGUUCGGGACAACAUGGCCGUGUUGCUGGAUACGCCUUUCAAGGCAUCUCCCAAAGGUGCCGGAGCCGGAGUCAGUAAUGUAGCGCAAGAUGACGCCACAUCGAAGGAAGCCGGUGCCUCUGAAUCCGCUGCCAUUCCACCCACUCCAGGGAUGGCUAUUGCACCGCUGGACACGCCAUAUGGCAAGUUGCCCAGCAGCAGCUUUCUAUUUGGCUCAGAUACCAAAAGCAUUAUGGAUACGCCCCAGUUGAGCGCCAUUACGCCCGGAUUUCGCUUGACACCCUUUGGCCAGAUGCCUGGUACUCCCGUGGGUAGCGCCGCCAAGACUGAAUACUCUUCAGGCAGCUCCUACUAUCGUCCCGACGAGGCGGAGCACACGGAUGCAAAUGCGCAGUGCGCAAUACAGCAAUGGGAAGAUAUCCAGGAGAAAGAUCAACCAAUGGAUGGUUCCACGGAGAGGGAAAAGAAGGAGGCAGCUGAGGAAGAGCUUGUGGAGAAGAAAGAGCGCUCUAUGAAGGAGAAGGAAAAGCCGGCAGGACAGAGGAAAGAAAAUCGUAAUAAGCAGAAGGAGCAUCCUGAGGACAGCAAACUGACGCCUAGAAGACCAGAAAAGCCGAAAGAAGAGCAUGAGCAGGAAAAACAGAUCGAGGCUGUGCAAAAGGAAACGUCUUCGGAGAAAACUCCGGAGGUUGUGAAGCAACCAGUUGUCCUGUCCUUGGAGCCCACUGUACUGCGACGCGUUCGUUCCUUUGGCAGCGAGGCUGUUGACAGUGCGGAAUCCGCUGCAGCUGGCUCAUUUCCUUUAGAUCAGCAGCAACUGCCGCACUACAAACUACUGCCCGGUCUGCCCGAGGCCAUCAUCGAGGGAUCCAGCAAUUCCAGCUCUUCGGUGACCAGUUCUUCGUCCUCGUCCAGCUCGAGCUCCAGUUCAUCCAGUAGUUCGUCGCCCAGUUCCUCUUCAUCCCAGAGUUCUCACAGCGGAAAGGCGGAGAGCGAUAAGGAAGAACCUGAGGACGAAGAUGUCGAUGUCGAGAAUGGCACCAAGAAAGAGGAGAUGCUGCUCAACAUUGACAACCUAUCGAAUAUAAGCAGCACGGAGGACGAGGAGUGGCUUAAGGCAGCCGGCUCGCAAGAUGCAGUGCUGCCCAUGCUCGCCAUUGACAGUCAGCCGGGUCAACUAGUUAGCCAGGAUGGCGAGGUUCGCUAUCCCAUCCGAAACUGGCUCACACCGAGCAAGGAGCAGGCCCAGGAUCAGGCUGAUACCAGUGGGGAGUCGCGAACCCUUCCCCCGCCUCCUGAAACCAUGGCCGCACGAUUAGGUGUUGCUGCUAAGCCACCGCCACUUCCUGAUGUUCCGCCAGCUGCUGCUGCUCCUCCUCCACCUCCGCCAGCUGCUGCUGCUCCCUCUCCCCCUCCGCCAGAUGCAGCAGAUCCUUUGCCCGCUCCACCAGCACCCUCUGCAAUUCUCCAGGAGCACCAGCGCCAGCAGCUCCACGAGAAGCGCCAACGCGUCAUGGCCAAGUUCAAAGAGCAAGCCCAACCACCCAGGACGCAGAGCAAAAAGACUGCCACCAAGAAGCUCACUGCCAUGCGCGAAACUGCCAAGUUGGCCAAUCCCGGCAUCCAGAAGUCGCCGAAGAAGCGGGAGCAUGUGGAGCCGCUUAAAACCAAGGCGGCCAGAAAGCUGAUAAAACCGGUUCAGAAAACCACAGAGGCCGCAGCACCCGAUCCGCAAGUUGCGGGACCCAAAGAUCUGCCAGCUGUGGCUCCCAAAGAUCCGCCAGCUGGGGCUCCAAAAGAUCCGACAAUCGAUCCACCGGCCAGCAAACUGGAUCCUGCCCUUCUCAUGGCCCUCAAUCUUUCAGCCAAGAAGCAAGAGCCAUCAACGGCUGCCAAUAGACCCAAAGCCACUCGCGCAGCGGUCGAAAUUGCGGCACAGCCUGCGCCGGGAAAACGUGGACGCCCCAAGAGGAAUGCAAACGCAGAACCACCCAAGAUCUGUAUGCGCCGAUCGUCGCGACUAAUCGACAAUAAAACUCCUGCUCCGGAAGAGGGCCUUAAGUCCAGUGGCGGGGACACAGCCAAGACCAACGCCAAAGCCACUACCAAAAAGCCGGUAAAAAAGCGUGCCGAAGCCAGGCCACCCUCUACCACAACCGCCGGAGCAGCAUUGCCCAUGGUGGUGGAAGCAGAAUCCACCCAGGCUGCACCAGAGCAAAAGCCUCCAAACCUACAGGCGACGGCAGAAGAAACCAAGCCAAACCCACCCCCUCAAUCCGAACCCGAGGACAGCGAUUUCGAGCAGGACAUAUGCCUGAGCAGAAGCCAGGAGCGUUUUACGUUCAACUUCUCCUACGCGGACAACGGACCCAAGUCCAGCAAUCCGAUGAUUCGUCAGCCGUCGAGCUUUUUCAAAAACUACCAGAUGCGCAUGAUGACCGACGACGAGCAGGUGCAUACGUUGCGCAUCGCCAGUCCCCAGGUGAUCAAUCUGAGCCAGCAACUGGCCAGCGUGAUACGCAAUAUACCCAAGAAGCGGAUACGCCGCCUGACCAGCAAUAGUGGAGCAACAGCAAUGGGAGCAAGUGCAAGUGGAAAGGAAGCGGAGGUGAUUGCGGCUGCAGCUGCUGCUGGAGCAAAGCCCUCGGCCACGUCCACGCCGCUGGCGGAGAAGCCGCCGCCCAAGAGUGCGCCGCAGGAUGAAGACGACCUGGAGGUGGCCACCAUCAAUUCAGGUCCUAUCCGAACGAACAGCGGCAGUACAGGAGGCGGUCAGGAAACCCCGGAGAACUCCGCGCAGCAGAAGGAGCCGCAGAACCAGAACCACAGCGUGGAGAUCGAGGACAUCGAGUCGAUACUGUCGCACCUGCACGGCACCUGAUUCCCUCAUCGCGCUAAUGUUAAUACGUACACCUGAAUCCGCGCUCGUUGGCAAUCACAGGAGUACAUCUCUUUUUAAGCUAUCCCUAGUUAUCCCUAUUACGUGUAGAAAAUAUCAACUUUAAAAUGAAUUUAACUAUCAUCAUUUGUAGCCUGUAGCUCAGGCCACCUGCAACCUUGGGCCCCUUGUGUAGGUGUGCCCGGGGAUCGUUAUUAUUAGAGUAUUUAUUUUCGCUGUAAGUUGAGACGGAGCAGCACAACCUGCUCACACAACAUUCACAACAAAUAUCCCAGAAGGAGUCACUAAUUUAUGUUUCAUUACCCACUUUCAUAUAUAUAGAUUAUAUAUUUCUUAUAAAGCGCUGUAUAUUGAUAGCCAGUUGAUUUAUUUGUUAAGAGCCGUUUUUUUUCGUAUUACUAAGGCCCCUCCCGAACAAAAAUUUUUGAUUUGAUUUUGUACUCUGUCGGAUAAAGAGAAUAUAAAGAAAUAACCAAGCCUA